AUGGGGAGGCGCCGCGUCGGGGCCUCCCCUCCUCCACGCCCGCUGCCCGUCGACCCUCGAUACCCGAACACAGCGACAGCGCGGAAGGCUUCGGAAGACAUCGCAGUGCCCUUCGCGUGCCCGCCUAGGCUGCCCGGACCUGUGAGGAGCUGGCGCCGAGUCCGGCCGCGGGAGGGGGCGGGGCGGGCGGGGCUCCACCUCCGCAGCCCGUGCGCGGAUGGGCCGCGCGCUCCGGACCCAGUUGCGCGGGGAUGGCGCGGACAGAAUCCCGGGCAGGGCCUGGGAGGACGCGGACGGCCCGGCUGGCCAGAGGGGCGCGCGGGGAGAUUCGCCAGAACCGUCCCGCGGUCACCCCAGGUGCAAUCGGGCCCGGCGGCGCGCUCGGGCGGUGGCCCCCGGUUACAGCUGUGGGCUGCGGAGGCGCGCUCGGGCGGUGGCUCGGGGCACCACCAACUUCCAAGCCGGAGGGCGCAGGUUUCUACAAACGCGAGUCCGAGUCCCGCGCUCAGUAGGCGGGGUCCCCUGCUGCGGGAAUACCGAAGGUCCGAGUCGGUGCCAGCCUCGCCCUCGAGCCCCCACGGGCCUUGGCCCCCAGAUGGAAGCCGGUUGGUGACCAGAGGUCUCCGUCCCGCCGCCGCCUCCCCACACCAGCUUCCCUCGCUCCAAAACCUCCAGCCUGACCUUAGGAAGCUUCAGAAUACCAUGGCCUCCAGGGCCCUCUCAGCUGCUUCCUGCCGCCGCCCCUCAACCCUCAGGUGCUCCACCCAAGAUGCCCUUUUCCAGGCUUCUUUGCCAGUCCUUCCUGACUCCAGGUGGCCCAACGCUGGUUCCCUGUGUGUGUAGGGCACCAUCCUCCCCUAGCGCAGCCAAGCCCAGCCCUCCGUCUGCUGCUCACGCAUGCUUGACUCUUCCUGUCAAUGUGAUAGCCACGUGUGCCUUCUUUGGGGACUGGGCCUCAGGUGCCCCAGGCUUCCCAUCCCACCCAGCCAGCGUACCUAAAAGGCCCUUGCUUAGCAUCUGGAUGACCAUUUUAAAUUUCGUUUUCCGCCUAAGGGCGUUUCUGAGAAACCCUCACCACUCCCUCAUACCAACCCAACCAUUUUCACGCCUGCCCCCCCCACCGCAUUAAGACCCCACUGGCUCUGAUUCCUGAGCCUCCCCAUGAAAGUCCCAGAGCUCAAGCCUGUUUUGCCUCUCUCCUAUAGAGAGAUGGUCUUUAUUUGUCAGCUGUGACAAAGUCUCCUGUAUCUCUGCCUGGUCUCCAUCUUUCAUUUCUCGCUUACCUGUGUCUCGUACCCAUCAUCACCCUGUGAUAGUCAGCCGCUGCUGGGAAGGGGCAGCACCUCACGGGCUGACGAACCUGAGAUUGACCCUAGACACUCACCA